UGAUGAUGAUAGAUUACGACGACGAGACCCUGCCCUCGCCGCCCGCCGCCUCCUCCUCCUCCUCCUCCCAUCCAGGGCUCUGCUUGCUGGGAGUCUUGGGAUCCAUUCGGCCCUCCCUCUUCUUCUAUUUCCUCCUCUUCCAAGGAGGAAGACGAGGAGGAUUGGGCUGAGGCUAAUACUGAGUUUCGACGAGAGGCUGAGGAGGAGCAGCAGGGUGCGCCUUUUCUUGCGGAUAGUCUGGCGUUGGGUUUGGUGGAGGAGGAGGAUGGUGUGGGUCCGGGCAACGAGAUCUCGCGGUGGACGAUGAUCGUCGCGCGCGUGUUCUGACGAAAGAGACCGACAUGCUGGUGGUGUGGAGGACCAGAAAGUCGUUGGCUGCCAUCGUGAAGGAGAUUGACGAUUACUUCUUGAAGGCAGCAGCUGCAGGAAACGAGGUGCUUUCUUUCUUGGAUUCUCACAACACCCAUCGCCUCCACUGGGCGGAACAAGUCAAGGGUAAGAGUUCCAAGUCUCCAAAGGUCUUUAGCGCCUUGUCUUGGAACUGGUCUCUUAAAUCGCCGCAAUCUGGUAAACAUGCUCAUGGUCAAGAGGGAAGGUCACCACAAUGUAGUGAAGAUGCGAGUGGUCAAGAGGCAAGGGAUGCCAGCAGGUACACCAACCAUUGUGCAACGCUCGACAAACUUCAUGCCGAGGAACAAGCGCUUUACAAGCAAGUUAAGGAAGAGGAGCUGCUUAAAGUUCUGCACAGGAAGAAGGCCCUGCUAAUGCAAAAACUUGAAGCUAGAGAAAAUGACUGCACGAAGAUUGAGGAAAUGAGAGGAGACGUUGAGAAUUUGCAUUCUCAACUUCUUUCUCUGCAGGAAUCAAUUAGUGAAACAUGCUUGUCAAUAUCAAAACUCAGGGAUGAAGAGCUGUACCCUCAACUGGCCAAACUAACCUCCGGGAGAUGUUAUCAUCCCCUACAAUUGUGCUCAAAUAUGUGGAGAACGAUGCGUGAAUGCCAUCAGGUUCAAAACCACAUUGCGCAGCAAGCAAAUCUUCUUGAUCGUCAUCAUAGCCUUGAUCCUACUACUGAGUCCCACCGCUUUGCUACUGCCCAGCUAGAAAGUGAGGUCUCCAAUUGGUGCCAUGCUUUCUGCAACCUUCUCAAGUCUCAGCGUGACUAUGUUCAAAUUCUCAAUCAAUGGGUCGGACUCACUGACUGCCUCCCCGAUACUAGCGAGGUGAUCGGUUCUGGAUAUGGACUACAUCAUCUCUCUGAGGAGUGGCUACUCUCUCUUGACAGACUGCCUGACAAGGUGGCUUCGGAGGCGAUCAAUAGCUUUCUGUCGGUUAUCCACUCCAUACUUGUGCAGCAGAAAGAAGAGCAGAACCUCCUAAAGAAGUCUCUCAGUCUAGAGAGAAGAUUAGAGAAAGAGCUGACUUGUUUCUCUGACUUGGACAAGCAUCAAGAGAAUCCAGCUUCAGCCACAAAACUGGAAGCCCUCAAGAAAAGCGUGGAAGAAGAGAAGGCAAAAUAUCUGAGCUCUGUUCGAAACAGUCGAGCCAUGACGCUAAACAAUCUUCAGACUGCCCUCCCAAAUGUGUUUCAGGCGCUAAUGGGCUUCGCUGGAGUAUGCGUGCAGGCAUUCGAGGGCAUCUCUCUGCCUGCUGAAGAAUCAACCAAGUCUUUAGCAUAG